UGUAUGUAGUGAAUGCAAACACAACAGCGUGCGUUCUGGGAAUUACGACGUUCUAAGAGUGAAAUAGUGAUUCUUUUCUGACUGUUCCGUCUUCGUCGAUACACUUGCUGGAAUUUUGGAUUAUUUCUCUCGGAAAUAUUUUGCGGGAUUAAUUUGUGAAAAGGUACUCAGCCAGUUGGAAGGAAGAAUUCAGCCCACACCAUCUCCAUCUCAGAACCAUUCAGAAUCUUGUUCUGAUUUGGAUUUCUACUCAAUCUCCUGGUUUGGAUGUUCACUCUGUACCGGUUUGGCUCAUCGAAUCCCACCGCCUUUGUUGGAUGAUUCAGAAGCUGAGGACUUGGCUGAGGACCACUCUGCGGGGGUCCACCCCCACCUCCCUCUCUUCUUUCUGAACCAUUGUUUCUUCCACUUCCUGGGAACUUCGACUACAGUGACUGAUUGCACGCUUCAUCUGCCAGUCUCCGCAGGUUCAAGACUACAGGGCUCCCUUGGAUCGGAGCCCCACACCAUGACUUGCUGAAGCUGUCUUUGCUGCUACCCAACCCCCUUAUCCUCAUUCAAGAUGGUCCCUCCGAAACGGAUGAGGAGGCGUCUCCUGCUGGCAGCCCUCACACUCACUUCCUGUCUACUGUCCGCCAUGGCCACGCCCUUCCCCAAGGACCUGGAGCCAAUCAACGUUGUUGGAUGGGAGCACUCCUACCUAUGUCCAGGGUUCCAGGGGCUGGUGUCGGACAAUGACACAGCCAGACUAGGCCUGGACUUCCAGAGGAUGCUGAGGAUCAAUCACAUACUCUACAUUGCUGCCAGGGACCAUGUCUUUGCAGUAAACCUGACCACAGCUGGUGACGACUUCGUCCCCCAGCUGAAGCUCACAUGGAGGUCCAAGGAUGUGGCCAAGUGUACCGUGAGGGGUAGAAACAGUGAUGAGUGCUACAACUAUGUCAAAGUGCUGGUACCGCGGAACGAUGAGACCCUGUUUGCUUGCGGCACCAAUGCCUUCAACCCCACCUGCCGCAACUACAAGAUGACCACCCUGGAGCAGGUUGGCGAAGAGGUGUUGGGUCAGGCGCGCUGUCCCUUCGAGUCGGGCCAAUCCAACCUUGGCCUCUUUGCUGGUGGUGAUUUCUACUCUGCCACCAUGACCGACUUCCUUGCCAGCGACGCUGUCAUCUACCGUAGUCUUGGCGACGACAGCCCCGUCCUGCGGACCGUCAAGUACGACUCCAAGUGGCUCCGAGAGCCCCAUUUCCACCAUGCGAUCGAGUAUGGGAAUUAUGUUUACUUCUUCCUCAGUGAGAUUGCAGUGGAGUACACCACACUGGGCAAGGUGGUGUUCUCUCGUGUGGCGCGGGUGUGUAAGAACGACAACGGCGGCUCUCCUCGGGUGCUGGAGCGCUACUGGACCUCCUUCCUGAAGGCGCGGCUCAACUGCUCGGUGCCCGGCGACUCCUUCUUCUACUUCGACGUGCUGCAGUCACUCACCAACGUGCUGCAGAUCAACCAGCGCCCCGCAGUGGUGGGAGUGUUCACUACGCAAGCUAACAGUAUCCCUGGCUCAGCAGUGUGUGCCUUCUACAUGGACGACAUAGAGAAGGCCUUCAAUGGGAAGUUUAAGGAGCAGAAGACCAGUGACUCAGCCUGGACCCCAGUACCGGAGGAACAGGUGCCUAAGCCCAGGCCUGGUUCCUGUGCCGGUGAUGGCCCGGCCUCGGCCUACAAGUCAUCCAUCAACUUCCCCGACGACACGCUGACCUUCAUCAAGUCUUACCCGCUGAUGGACGAGGCCGUGCCCUCCGUCAACGACCGGCCCUGCUUCACCCGCACCACCAGCAGGUACAAGCUGACUCAGAUUGCGGUGGACACCUCUGCCGGACCGUCUAAGGACCGCACUGUAGUCUUUCUGGGCUCUGAGGAUGGCAGGGUCCUGAAGGUGUUGUCCAGCACUCAUCCUAACGCCUCCUUUGGCUCCCAACUCUUGGAGGACAUUGAUGUCUAUAACCCCUCUAAGUGCAACGUUCAGGGGCAGGAGGACAGGAGGAUUCUGGGAAUGGAGCUGGAUAAGGAGCAUCAUGCCUUGUUCGUGGCCUUCACCAGCUGUGUCAUCAGAGUACCACUCAGCCGCUGCACCGAGCACGGCGCCUGCAAAAAGAGUUGUCUGUCGUCCCGCGACCCGUACUGCAUCUGGCUCCGGACUGGGAGCUGUGCCAACAUGGCGCCAGGGUUCAAGGCUGGCUUUGACCAGGACAUCGAGGGAGACCACUCACUGUACCCUGAAAACUGCCACGCAGAUGUGCUGGCGACCACACGAAACCAGAACUCCGCGGCAGACUCGGCCUACGGUGUCCGAAGGCUCCCUGACAUGGAGAAGUCCAGCCCCAGCGUCCAUUACACCCUCCUGAUCGCCUGCGUUCUGGUGGCCUUCUUCCUCGGCGCCAUCCUCUCCGGCUUCUUGGUGUCAUGCUACUGCAGUCACAACGCCCGCCGUGCCCACCGGCUUGGCAAGGACCCUGAGGCGUCCAUCCACCCCGCCCUCUCGUUGCGCAGCCUGGCCAAGCUAAACGGCCUGCUGGACGGCCAGCCCAAAGAGGAGAAGCUGGACGUGUCCACGCCCAAGAUGUACAGCUCCUUCAUUCCCAGUGGGAAGGAGCACACUCCAGAGAGACACGGGAUGUCCCUGGGAGACCCGGACCUUAAUCUCUCCCAAGGGGAGAACCUCUCGGGCCUGCCCACCCCAGACUCCACCCCGGAGCUGCCCAUCAAGAACAUGAAGGCUUUCCGGAACCAGUGGGAGAGGAACCAGAACUGCAACAACGCCAAGGAGUCCAAGGCACCCCCCGGCACUGGCUUCAGCCUGGGUUCGUCAAGGUCCGUCACCCAGCAGGUGUUCCCCUUCUCUCACAGCCUGACCAACGGCCAAGCCCUGGGGCACCUGCCUGAGGAGAGGAAGAUCCCCAACGAUGAGCGUGCGCAGGGGGCUUCGGCCUCCCACUCCUGCUGCCCGCAGACGGUGGUGGACGUGGCGGCCCUGGACGAGCUCCUCAAGCACAUCUACGAGGUCAGCGCCUCGGGCAGCCGCAGCAUCACUGUGCUGACCUCACCAUGUGCCCCCCUACCGGGUAGCUCCAGUUCCAGCCAUAACCACAGCAGCUUCAGAUCCCAGCCCCAGAUCCCCGAGACGGAGUCAGCCACGUACUACAGCUCCUCCACCCUGCCCAGGGACAGUCUGACCCGCCGCCUGGACGUGCCCCCGGACGCCGCCGCCGCCUCCUCGGCCGGCGCCACCCCACUGCAGCAGCAGUCCAUCCCCGAGCGAAGCGCAGUGACUCGCCACCACUCCCAGAGGCACUUAAUGAUCAAGAUGGGCAACGGAGGGGCCGUCCCGCGCCAACACAGCUUCAGACAGGACGGGGGUGGGCUACCGCCCCACCAAUUGCUCACCCGGAUGAACUCGUCAGGUGGUGGCGGGGGAGGGGUCGGCUGUGAGGUCCACCAGCCGCUCAUCCCCAGUGCCUGCCUGACACGGCAGCACAGCUACAGCGAACCGCCGCACCUUCACCGCGCAGCCAUCGUACGCCGCACGGCCUCCCUCAAGCCCCAAGUGCCCCCCAAGCCCCACUUCCUGCCUGCCACUUCGCCCGUAAAUGAGCAAGGCAAGUACAACUACUGAGCGCUAAGGAGUCGGACCGAGAGGCUCCGAAACGACAGUCGAUGUAACCGCGCUCCUCUGAGUUAGGGAAAGUGGAGCUCAAAGGGGGCAACUACUGGGACUGACACACCUUUUGGUGAGAUGCCCGAGAAUAGCCUCCACACCUGAUAAAUGUCUUUGUACCAUAUUGGUAUUAUUGCAAUGCUCCUUGAUCACAGAAGGGUGAUGGAUUCACAGGAUAUAGAAAAUGUGGUGGUAUUAUUUUGAGGGGGGGGG